AUUUAAAAAGAAACAUGAGGAGAAAGGAGAGCAGGCUGAAAUGGAUCUGCCAAGUGCUAAUGAUGUUGAGGAAAGAAGCGGGAAGAUAGCCACUAUACUCAGUAAAGAUGUAGUGAUGAUUGGGGACGAUUUGGUGAAUGAUGUAGGUGGGGCCCAACAUUGUGGAAUGAAAGGCGUACAAGUCAGAACUGGCAAAUACAGGCCCAGUGAUGAGAGGCACCCAACGGUGACAGCUGACGGCACUGUAGACAACCUGGCCCAGGCUGCGGACAUGAUCCUCAAUCAGAGGAAGCACUGAGAACAAGGCAGCAGACAGUGGAACCUCUGACACAUUUACUGUCACCCUAGGUGAUACAGGCUGGUGCCCAGUAGUAUUUCCAUUUAGUUGUUUCCAGUGGGAAGGGUGUACCACAUUGAGGUAAUUCAAGUAACAUGUCAAAACAGUACAAAUAUACUGUAUACUGAAAUAGUGUCCAAAUACUGUAUAUCCUGUAACUGUCACAACUCAUUGUAGUGCCAAAUAUGGGAAACACCCAGCCAUCUGCUGUUCCACAUAUUGUAGUGUAAAACAAACUAAAAUGAAAAUUGCAGAACUGCUACCAAGGUCUGCAAGAGAGACUUGAACACUGUAGAGCUGUACUGUGGAUUUGCCAGUACAUGAUUGGCAUAGAUAAGAUACCUCAAGCUAACAUGAAUGUGUCUGUAACCAGCUGCUGACUGACAGUUAGAGGGGAUAAGUAACGCUGUGUUCAGACUCCCUGCUAAUGUUACACAGUCAGAUAAUUUUAGGAGCUACUGUGCAUGAAGACGGUCCAACUGGAAAUGCACAAUUGAAACGUAGCUGUAGAGUAUUUUAACAUAUAUUAAUGGAUGUAAGUAAACUCUCAUAUGUGGGUAAUAUAAUCCCUUUACACAAAGCCUUAUUAAUGUAGACAGAAGUCAAGCAUUUGACUUUGAUUAUUCUGAAUAAAGCUAUUUUAGUUGUGUUUGA